AUGACUCAGGUGUUGUUCGCUGUGAGACGGUUUGUGUCACCGGGACGUGCUGUGAGUUUGUCUGCUGGGUGUUGUCAGGUGAUGAGCAACCCGGAGGAAAUAGCCCGACUCUACCGGGAGAUCAGCCUCUUCCCUUCGCUGAGCAGAGCCGACGUGGGACCUGUCGUCACCUCCCAGUAUGGAGGCAAAUACAGCAACAUCUACACAGAGUGGAGCCAACGUGACCUGGAGAGGAAUGAGAAUGUCAAGUUUUGCCGGCAGUACAUUGUAUUCCACAAUGAUAAGUCGGUGGUCUUCUCUGUAGCUUCAGGAAACUGCACUGAGAUUAAAGGAGAGUUGUUGAGCAAGGAUUCCCCGUCAGGUGAUAUGAAGGCUGUUGUCAGAGAGUGUAAAAUCAAAGCGGAGGACAAACAGUUUCUGGAGAUCUGGAGUAAAAAUAUCAAGAUGAAGAGCAUCAAUCUAACAGCUUUAAAGAAGCACGGCAAAGUGUAUGAAGACGAGCACUUUGGCUGCUUGGUUUGGUCCCAUUCUGAGACCCACCUGCUGUAUGUGGCGGAGAAAAAGAGGCCCAAGGCUGAAUCCUUCUUUCAGACUGUGUCACCAGAUCUGUCUUCUACUGGGGACGAGGUGGAAACUAUGAGAGAGGAGAAAAGGGAGACUGUAAAAGGGGAGCAGUUUGUCUUCCGUGACGACUGGGGAGAAGCACUGGUUGGUAAGAACUGCCCGGUGCUUUGUGUUUUGGACAUCGAGGGCGACAACGUCUCUGUGCUGGAAUGUGUGCCUGAAAAUAUCUCACCUGGACAGGCAUUUUGGGCUCCAGGUGACACAGGUGUGGUGUUUGUAGGCUGCUGGCAUGAGCCUUUCAGACUUGGCCUCAAGUUCUGCCCCAACAGGAGGUCGUCUUUAUUCCAUGUGGACCUCACUCGGGGUAAAUGUGAGCAGCUGUCAUCAGGCACCAGUGCAGUGUAUUCCCCCAGGCUGAGUCCAGACCAGUGUCGAAUUGUCUACUUGGAAUGUUAUGUCUAUGGCCCACAUAUGCAGUGCAGCAAGCUCUGUAUGUAUGACUGGUAUACCAAGAAAACCUCAGUGGUGGUGGAUGUGGUAGAGCUACCUGGAGAAGAUGGGUUCACUGGUCUCUACAGCUCUCAGUUGUCCCUUCAAUGCUGGUCAGCCGAUAGUCAGAGGGUUCUUGUAGCUUGUCCUCAGCGCAGCCGCAAGGACCUGUUGAUGGUGGAUAUUAGCACAGGGAAAGUCACCUCUCUGACUUCAAAGCGUGAUGCUGGGAGCUGGUGUCUGCUGACCAUAGAGAGAGAUCUGAUGGUUGUCAGCUUCUCUUCUCCUAACUACCCCCCAAGUCUGAGGGUUGGUUUCCUUCCAGCCAGAGAUUCUCAGGAGCAAAUUGAGUGGGUGACUUUGGAAGACUCUCAGGUGUUACCUGAUAUUCACUGGCAGAUCUUGACCUUCACACCUCCCCCAGAUCAGGACAACAGUCAAUACUCUGGCCUUGACUUUGAAGCCUUGUUGAUCAAACCAAAGGAAGUGAAAGAUGGAGUGAAGUUGCCUCUUAUCGUCACUCCUCAUGGGGGUCCCCACUCAGUGAUUGUAGCUGAAUGGCUUCUGUCGUCCUCUGUGCUGUGCAGGAUGGGCUUUGCUGUACUGCUGGUGAACUAUCGUGGCUCUCUUGGAUAUGGCCAGGACAGUAUCCUCUCAUUACCCGGCAAUGCUGGCAACCAGGAUGUCAAAGAUGUUCAAUUUGCUGUGGAAAGUGUUCUGAAAGGUGAUGAAUUUGACGCACAGAGAGUGGCACUUUCAGGAGGUUCCCACGGUGGUUUCCUGGCCUGUCAUCUGAUCGGCCAGUACCCAGCAUUCUACAAGGCCUGCGUGGCUCGCAACCCUGUCAUCAAUUUGGCUUCGAUGAUUGGCAGCACAGACAUCCCAGACUGGUGCAUGGUCACGGCCGGCUUCAACUACAGCACAGACUGUUUACCUGACCCGACUGUUUGGGAACAGAUGUUGAACAAGUCCCCCAUUAAACACGUGACACAGGUACAGACCCCGGUCCUGCUUCUCCUGGGGGAAGAUGACAAGCGUGUACCGAGCAAGCAGGGAAUUGAGUAUUACAGGGCACUGAAAGCAAAGCAGGUUCCAGUCAGGCUGCUGUGGUACCAAGGGAACAGCCACUCUCUCUCCAAGGUGGAUGCCGAGUCUGACGGCUUUAUGAACACUGCUCUAUGGAUAAUUCAACACUUGAGUCAGUGA